CCCACACACCACCCCUUAUCGAGUUUAGUGGCGCAGGCAAACCCAUCCCUUAGCCCACCAUUCUCCAAUUAGGGCGAAUCAAGACCAUGGAGGCAUCUGAGACGGCCCUUAUGACGUGAAAUCGCAUAAGGAAGAGCACCCACGUCACCGGGUCCUCAACCCCCAGCUAGCCAAAAGCAAGGUGCCUUCUCAACCUUUUCGUGAACUACUUCUACCCCUCCUUCGCCCAUCUAUUUGUCUUCCAUCUUUCUCAGUCACAAAUUCCUCUGUCCAUCUUCACCUUAGAAUAGUUCUCUCUCACCACGUCACUCGUCAAUUCAUCAGCAUGCCUACCCCCAUCCCGCAAGCCGAGGAGCUUAAGGACCUCUUUAGCCUUAAGGGAAAGGUCGUUGUCGUCACUGGUGCCUCCGGCCCAACCGGUAUCGGUAUCGAGGCCGCUCGUGGCUGCGCUGAGUUCGGAGCAGAUCUCGCUAUCACCUACAACUCGCGCUCGGCCGGUGCGGAGAAGAAUGCCAAAGAGCUCAGCGAGAAGUACGGCGUCAAAGUCAAGCCCUACAAGUGCAGUGUUGGCGACUACGCCAAUGUCGAGAAGCUCGUCAACGAUGUCAUCGCGGACUUUGGCAAGAUUGACGUCUUCAUUGCCAACGCGGGUAAAACUGCCGACAACGGCAUUCUCGACGCUACCGUUGAGCAAUGGAACGAGGUCGUCGAGACCGAUUUGACCGGUACCUACAACUGCGCCCGUGCUGUUGGUCUCCACUUCCGCGAGCGCAAGACCGGAUCCCUCAUCAUCACCGCUUCCAUGUCUGGCCACAUUGCCAACUACCCCCAGGAGCAGACCUCAUACAACGUCGCCAAGGCUGGCUGCAUCCACCUCGCCCGCUCGCUUGCUAAUGAAUGGAGAGACUUUGCUCGUGUCAACUCCAUCUCACCUGGAUACAUUGACACUGGUCUCUCCGACUUCGUUCCCAAGGACAUUCAGGAACUCUGGCACUCCAUGAUUCCCAUGGGCCGUGACGCUAAGGCCAAGGAGCUCAAGGGUGCCUACGUCUAUUUCGCCUCUGAUGCUUCUUCCUACACUACUGGUUCCGAUCUCAUCAUCGACGGUGGCUACACCACCCGAUAAGCGUGUCGCCUCAAAUACGAGAGGUACUAGGAGAGUCUGGUGUGGACAUAAAGGAAAAGUGCUCACGUUCAAGGUGCGAUGGUUACUGUCUUCUUGUAUUUAGCUUACUCGAAUGAAAUGGUCCAUUGCCUGGUAGCCAGGUGAAGUUAGUAAUGGACUCUAGCCUUGAUUCUUUUGCCUUUCGGUUCUCUAUUCGCAUACUCCAUGCGGUUUGAUCGGGCUAUCCUCUAGGCUGUGCGACUGACUAGAAUGGUAAUGCCCGACAUUGUCAUUCGAGCUCUCCCAGGAU